GGUGCCGGUGGUUCAUUGUUUUGGUUCUAAAAAUACUUUUUUGUUGUUUAAAACCUAGUGUUGAGCCUCCAAAACGCCUUCCUAGGGCUGAUUAAAAAAUUAUUGAUCUUUUGUCCCUCGAAUCAGUUGUUCAAAGGGUUUCUAAGGACUUUAUUUCGAUCGGAUAUGAACCGUUUACCCAUGCACAAUGCCCUGAAGCACCUGGGGUGGCUCGAGGGUACGUGGAGAACGGACUUCCCUGGAGAAGGGAAAUACCCGACGAUCAAGGGUUUCAAGUACGAGGAGGAGAUCAAGUUCGUUUCCAUUGGACAACCUAUGUUCAAUUAUGAGAGUCAGACGUGGCAUCCCGAGAGGAAGAGCCCCAUGCACCGGGAGGUGGGGUUUCUCAGGGUCAUCCCCGAGAGCAACAGAGUUAAAUUGAUACUGGCUCACAAUUUUGGAGUUUCGAGCAUUGAGGAGGGGGAGGUCGAUGGGAAAAAAAUGGUUUUUGAGAGCACUGGGGUGCAGAGGAUGUCUGAGGGCACUAAAGAUCCUCCUGUUGUCAAGUUGAGGAGGGAAUGGAAACUCGAAGGAGACACUCUGGAGCAAAUAGUCUACAUGUCCACAACAACAACUCCAGAUUUGACUGAACAUCUUCGAGCUAAAUACGUGAGAGUGAAUACUGAAGUUUGAUGAACAGAUUGUGAUUACAUAAAAUUUAAUGAUUUCUGAUAAUAUUUUUUUUGUGAUUACUUCGAUGAUUCGAGUGCUA